GUGGGUGUGUGUAAGGAUGUCAGGAAAGGUGGCGAGGAGCAGGAAUUAACCGGAGGAACAGCCUGGAAAGGGGAGAGAAAAGGGUGGGAACGGGAUGUGCCCAACCAUGGCCAAGAGGGUUAGGGGAGGCCCAAGCCUGGCUAGCCUGUGGCCCCCGAAGUGGAAGCUCUGUUGAAGGGGCUUUAAUUCUUAAUUCUUUUUUUUUUUUUUAAAUCCCCUCAUCGUCCCUCUUCAGCCUCCAGGCGCAUCAUCAUAAGCCCCCCCUGGAGUCGUCAAGAAGAGCACAGGCCUCGAACCCCGGUGGCUUCUGGGAGAACAAACCAAACCACAAUUUUCACCUGGACAAAGUGACAUCAAAGGAGAAGAAAAAUGGCUUCAGAGUCUGAGAGCUUGAAUCCCAGUGCCCGGAUAAUGACUUUUUAUCCCACCAUGGAGGAGUUCCGUAAUUUCAGUCGCUAUAUUGCCUACAUAGAAUCCCAAGGAGCUCACCGGGCCGGGCUGGCGAAGGUAGUUCCUCCGAAGGAGUGGAAACCACGCACUUGCUAUGAUGAUAUUGAUGAUUUAGUCAUCCCUGCCCCUAUCCAGCAGGUGGUGACCGGUCAGUCGGGCCUCUUUACCCAAUAUAAUAUUCAGAAGAAAGCGAUGACCGUUCGAGAGUUUCGCAAAAUAGCCAACAACGAUAAGUACUGUACCCCACGGUAUAGUGAGUUUGAAGACCUCGAACGAAAAUAUUGGAAAAACCUUACAUUUAAUGCCCCCAUAUACGGUGCUGAUGUGAAUGGUACACUGUACGAUAAGCACGUGGACGAAUGGAAUAUCGGCCGGCUGAACACAAUCCUGGACGUGGUGGAGAAUGAGAGUGGGAUAACCAUUGAAGGAGUGAACACCCCCUACCUCUAUUUUGGCAUGUGGAAGACUUCCUUUGCCUGGCACACAGAGGACAUGGAUCUGUACAGCAUCAACUAUCUGCACUUCGGGGAACCCAAAUCCUGGUAUUCCAUUCCUCCAGAGCACGGCAAGCGUCUGGAACGCCUGGCCAAAGGUUUCUUUCCCGGGAGCGCUCAAAGCUGUGAGGCCUUUCUGCGUCAUAAGAUGACUCUGAUCUCGCCAUCAAUUCUGAAGAAAUACGGCAUACCCUUUGAUAAGGUGACUCAAGAAGCUGGAGAAUUCAUGAUCACUUUUCCUUAUGGUUAUCAUGCUGGCUUCAACCAUGGCUUCAACUGUGCUGAGUCCACUAACUUUGCCACCCUCCGAUGGAUAGAAUACGGCAAGCAGUCUGUGCUGUGCUCAUGCAGGAAGGACAUGGUGAAGAUCUCCAUGGAUGUCUUCGUGAGGAAGUUCCAGCCAGAGCGCUAUAAGCUGUGGAAAGCGGGAAAGGACGUGUCCGUCAUCGACCACACUCUGCCGACCCCUGAGGCUGCCGAGUUCCACAGGGGGGAGUUCCAGCAGAAGAGCAAGAACGGGAAGGACUGUGGGGACGAAAUGGAAGCAGCAGGGGCCAAGGAUGAGGUGGACCAAAAGAGAAGCCUCGCCAAGCACCGAAUAGGAACAAAGAGGCACCGUGUCUGUCUGGAAGUGCCUCAGGAGGUGAGUGAAAGUGAGGCCUUUCCAAAAGAGGAGCUAAAUCCUGGGCAGUUUGAGGUGGAAGAGAGACAGACAACCGGCGUUCAUGCUGUGAAGCCCACCAGUGAGCCUGUACGGCAAGGUGAAGAUGACCCCACUUUACCAGAUUAUCCCGACUCCACAGAGGUGAAAUUUGAAGAGCUCAAAAAUGUCAAACUGGAGGAGGAGGAGGAAGAAGAAGAGCAAGAGGCAGCUGCCUUGGACCUUUCCGUGUCCAACUCUGUGAACCUUGCUGCUGCUGGUAGGGGACCGGCCCCGCCUCCCUCGAAGGAGAGCGGCACCUCCGGCUUUCGCUGCAAACGUGGGGCAGAUUCAGGUUCCUCAGACUCGGAGACCGCCGAGCCGCUCCCCAAGCGGACCCAGAGCCCACCUGGGGUCCUCACCGUCCACAGCUACGCCAAAGGAGACGGAACCGCCGCGGACAGCGAGCAGACCUCUGGGAAGAAAGCUAGUUCUACUGCCAACAUGAGUGAACAGGAGCUUGCCGAGGUUGCAGAGGAGUACAUGCGAUCUCUAGAGGAAAGCAAGAAAUCAAAGGGCCGACGCCAACCCUUGAGCAAACUCCCUCGUCAUCACCCUCUGGUAGUCCAAGAUUGUGUCAGCGAUGACGAGAUGGCCGAGCAGCUGACCCCUGAAGAAGAAGCUGAGGAGACCGAGGCCUGGGCCAAGCCCCUCAGUCAGCUGUGGCAGAACCGACCUUUGAAUUUUGAAGCCGAAAAGGAGUACAACCAGGCCAUGGCCAAGCAGCCCCCUCACUGUGCCGUCUGCAUGCUCUUUCAGACCUACCAGCAGAGCGAGUGUGGCGGCCAGAGUCAGAACUGUGGGAGCGCCCCGGGAGCCGCCCCCGGGAAACUCCGCACCAAGCCCCUGAUUCCCGAGAUGUGCUUCACCACAACCGGCUGCAAUACCGACCUUAAUCUCUCCACCUCCUACCUGGAGGAAGACGGCACCAGCGUCCUGAUCAUCUGCAAGAAAUGCAGCGUCUGCGUCCAUGCCAGUUGUUAUGGGGUUUCCCCGGAAAGGGCUACUGAAGACUGGAUGUGUUCCAGGUGUGCAGCCAAUGCAUUGGAGGAGGACUGCUGUUUGUGCUCUUUGAGAGGAGGAGCCCUGCAGAGAGCAAAUGAUGACAGGUGGGUCCACGUGAUGUGUGCCGUGGCAGUCUUGGAAGCCAAGUUUGUGAAUAUUGCGGAGCGCAGCCCUGUGGACGUGAGCAAGAUUCCUUUGCUUCGCUUCAAACUGAAAUGCAUCUUCUGUAAGAAGCGGAGGAAGAGAAUUGCUGGCUGCUGUGUCCAGUGCUCUCACGGCCGCUGCCCGACGUCCUUUCACGUCAGCUGCGCCCAAGCCGCUGGAGUGAUGAUGCAGCCGGACGACUGGCCUUUUGUGGUCUUCAUUACCUGCUUCCGGCACAAGGUCCCCUCUUACGCUGAGCGCACUAAGGGUGCCCUGCAGGACAUCUCCGCCGGACAGAAAGUGAUAAGCAAACACAAAAAUGGGCGCUUCUAUCAGUGCGAGGUGGUCAGACUCACCACAGAGACCUUCUAUGAAGUCAACUUUGACGACGGCUCCUUCAGUGACAACCUCUACCCGGAAGACAUUGUGAGUCGGGACUGCCUCCAGUUAGGCCCGCCUCCCGAGGGAGAAGUCGUCCAAGUAAGAUGGACAGACGGCCAAGUGUACGGUGCCAAGUUUGUGGCCUCCCAUGCCAUCCAGAUGUAUCAGGUAGAGUUUGAGGAUGGCUCUCAGCUGGUGGUGAAGCGAGAUGACGUAUACACACUGGACGAGGAACUCCCCAAAAGAGUGAAAUCCAGACUGUCGGUGGCUUCAGACAUGCGCUUCACAGAGAUCUUCACCGAGAAGGAGGUCAAACAAGAAAAGAAACGGCAGAGAGUCAUCAACUCACGGUACCGAGAGGAUUACAUUGAGCCCGCCUUGUACCGGGCUAUCAUGGAGUAGAGGUUCUGGGGGACGGAGAGAGAGACCACCCGCCCCCGACCACCACCACUGAGAUGUGAGCACUCCAGAGCCCUAGGACUCGAAACAGACACGUGGAAAUCCGAAUAUUCCUUUGAAAAACAAAACUGCUUUAAAAAAAAAAAUACACCCCUCUGCUCUUCUCUGCCAUGACUAAAGGAUGUGCCUCUGAAGCAGGGUCUUAUGAGGACCCCCACCCCACAGUGGUGGAUGGGCUCAGCAGGAAACUUGAGAUUGGGAAGGGAAAGGCUCGGAAGAGUUUGGCCCCUCUGCCUUCCCAGGCUGGCGUCUCAACGAGCAGAAUGGCUCAGUGGUUUUUUUUCUGUUUUUUUUUUUCCCAGGGCAAAGACACUCGGAUUGGGAAAAUUAUAUUUUCCAUCCUGAAGUGAGAGCGUUGUGGCUACUGCAUCACUGUACCGAGCGUACAGUUUGGUUUCCCGAGUCCCUAUUUUGUCCGUCUCGCCACAAUGAACAGGCAGUAUUACUGGUGCUUGACCCCAAUUUUUUUUUUUUCCUCUUUCCCCUUUUUAUAUUUAUAUAUGUGUAUUUGUCUUGACCGGCUUCCGUCUUAGCAUCUCCUCCUCCCCUCGAGAAAGGCCCCUCUGCCUGAAAGGGCAGAGGCAGGCCAGCGGGAUGUGUGAGAACAAAUGAAAUGUGAAAAAUCAGAUCUUACUUAGUGGGUGGAUGCGGUGGCGUUUGCUCAGGAAGCUGCUGAGUGGUAUGUGCCAGUGUGUAGGGAUGUGGCCUGGAGGCAGAGCAGUUCACAGCGAGGGGUUCCCGGUCCUCAGAGACUCAGACUGAGCGACUCGGAGCCAGCGUGUGAAGGCAUUAAAGACCAGAGGAACUGUGUUGGCCCUCACUUGGGGCGAGGGGCCUGAGAGAGGCCGGGAGCUGCCAAGAAGUCUCCUGGUAGCAGGCUUCCUUCGGGGCCCAGACUCCCAACCCGGUGAAGGCGGUGUGCGUCUAGCAGGGGGGCACAGGGCCCUCGGGAAGGGGCAGUCGUCGGUGAGCGGGUCCGCAUCUGCAUGAGACUUGGGGUGCCCCAUUGAGAAUAUCGGCGGGAGGGCGGCGGGAGAAGGAAGGACCGGGCACCCUGCCGUUCUCAGGGGAUGGCGAAGGCAGCGAGGGGAGCGUUCUCAUGGUUCGGUGACCGGAGCGAAGCCUCGUGACCACGCCGCGGCUUCGAGUUGGGAAGUGCUCCUAACAGAGCAUUAAGUGGUUAAACUGGCAGGCAGAUACCUGUGUGUGAUUGUUGCUAGGAAAUGUGGAAGGUUUUUAUAUUCUGCUAAUGCUCUGGCUUGAGACUAGGGAGCAGGUUUUUAAACAUGACCGGCACUGGAGUGCCUUCUGGAUCGCCAUCCCUUGUGUUUUUAAAUAAUUAAAAAAAGGAAAAAAAAAAAAAA